AUGGCUGCAGUGACUGCUAUUCUCGCCUUGGCCGGCAUGGCCGCCGGUGCUACCAUCACCACCACUGAGCCUGCUCUGGCUGCCAUUAAGGCUGCUCAGGCGACCACUGUGCCCGAGACCUGGUCUACCAACGUCACGGGUAAGGCUUUCGACCGUUUCUACCAGGUCUGGUUGGAGAACGUCGACUAUGUCAAUGCUGCCAAUGACACCAACCAGCAGUGGUUGGCCAGCAAGGGUAUUACCUUGACCAACUACUACGGAACUGGUCACCCUUCGCAGCCUAACUACGUUGCUGCUGCCAGUGGUGACAACUACGGAAUGGACAAUGAUAACUUCCACGAUAUUCCUUCUAACGUCUCUACCCUUGCCGAUCUGCUCAACACCAAGGGUAUCUCCUGGGGAGAGUACCAGCAGCACAUGCCCUUCCCCGGUUACCAGGGCUACAACUACUCCAACCAGGUCACCUAUGCCAAUGACUACAUGCGCAAGCACAACCCAUUGGUUUCCUUCGAUUCCGUCUCCAGCAACGACACUGCUCUGCGCUUGAUCAAGAACUUCACUUCUUUCACCGAUGAUCUCGAGAACGAGGUCCUCCCCCAGUGGGCCUUUAUCACUCCCAACAUGACUAAUGACGCUCACGACACCAACAUCACCUUCGGUUCCGAGUGGCUCCGUAGCUUCGUUGAGCCCUUGAUGAACAACACCUACUUCUGGGACAACACUCUGCUUCUGUUGACCUUCGAUGAGACCGAGACCUACGAUGUCCCCGAGUCCGAGGUUUACGCUGACCGUAACCGCGUCUUCAGCAUCCUGCUUGGUGGUGCUGUUCCCGAGGACCUCGUUGGUACCGUGGAUGACACAGUCUACACCCACUACUCCACCAUUGCCACCAUCUCUGCUAACUGGGAGCUCCCCUCUCUGGGUCGUUGGGACUGUGGUGCCAACAUCAUCGAGUUCGUCGCUGACAAGGUUGGCUACACCAACUGGGAUGUUGACAACUACAACCUCUACAUCAACGAGUCCCUGCCCGGUCCUCUCUCCGAGUCCGACUACUCCGUCUACCGUGCUAGCUGGCCCAUUCCCGCUACCAACGAGACCUGCUCCGCUGGUUACGGUAUCCUGCAGGCUGUCAAGGACACCUACAGCGGUAUGACCCCCACUUACAACUACACCGCUCCCUUCCCCUACGAUGCUGGUUACGCCUUGGACGUUGGUGUCUCUUACUCCCGUAACGGUACCACCUACGUCUCUGGUGUCAACGGUACUGGUAUCUCUGUUCACGACACCUCCAACGGUACCGCCUCCACCUCUUCCUCUGCUUCCUCCUCUUCUGCCGCUGCUGUCUCUGGCGCUGGUAUGAACAUGCCCGCCAUUGGCUCCGUGGCUGCUGUUAUGGCUGCCCUCGUUAGCUUCCUGUAA